AUGCAUCUGGAUCAAGAAGCCCUGGACAAGAUUCUAGUGAAGCUUGCCAUUUUCGAUGAGUACUUGGUUGCCAAAUCCAUACUAGACACCAUGAUCGAGACCGCUCCAAAGCUUGAGGAAAAACCGUUUCAGGUGCAGCAUAGUAGCACCCAUGAGCCCUGGGUCCGCAAACUUAAUUUGUACGAGCACCAUGGACUUAUGACGACACGACGUCGGCGAAGGUUAGUGAGCCAGAUCGAGCUCGUCAACGAAUGGCUACCAGAUAACACUCCUCUGAUCCUUUAUCCACAAAGACCAACUCCAUUUCUGAUGCACCAAUUUUUUGUUCUAAAUUUAAGCUCAGAUAUGAGUAUCGCGCGCAGAUCGCAAAUAUCUGAUCUUCUUGAGUUGAUGAAUAUAGCGAAAAUCCCAAUUCUAAACAAGACAGUGAUCCUAGUGUUACAACGUCUUGUGGAGCUAGACCAGCUCAGGCAACAGGAAGUCGAUCUUGCUGCGCACCUGGUGGAACUUUACCAAGAAUCUAAGCGUUUCAACUCUUAUUUGGAGAUCCAAGCUACCAAUAUGGCUUUCAACAGAACAGAAUUGGUGCCGUAUCUGCUCGUCAAGAG